GUAGUUGUAGUCACCCGGAUGUACUCCGAAAGUACUUCCUCAUGGACAAAAUAUUGCAUGGUAGAAAUACUUCAGUUGUCGAGCCUUUAAACUGACAGCAAGUCCUUUAUAUAUCUACUAUGCCGGGCCCAGACAAAGAAAUAGACCUGACGGAGAGAAUUGAAGCGUUUCUGUCCAACCUGAAGCGUGGAGGCUGCGGGACAGGACCGCUGCGGGGCUCGGCCGAGACAGCCCGAGAAACGACGUCCCUGCUCCGCAGAAUCACAGCCCAGCCUCGGUGGAACAGCGCAGGUGAUCUGAUGGAAAUAAUCCGUAAAGAGGGGAGGAGAAUGAUUGCCGCCCAGCCUUCAGAGACCACUGUUGGAAACAUGAUCAGACGGGUGUUAAAGAUCAUCAGAGAGGAAUAUGCCAGAUCUCGAGGCAGCAGUGAAGAAACGGACCAGCAGGAAUCUCUCCACAAGCUGCUGACGUCUGGAGAACUCAGCGAGGAGAACUUCGGGCAGCAUUUCUCCGCUCUGAAAGCAAACGUCAUCGAGGCCAUCAAUGAGCUGCUGACCGAGCUGGAGGGAACCACUGACAACAUUUCGAUGCAGGCCCUGGAGCACAUCCACUCUAACGAGGUCAUCAUGACCAUCGGCCGCUCUCGCACCGUGGAGGCCUUCCUGAAGGACGCUGCACGCAAACGCAAGUUCCACGUCAUUGUGGCAGAGUGCGCCCCGUUCUGCCAGGGACAUGAGAUGGCAACCAGUCUCUCAAAAGCAGAAAUUGAAACCACCGUCAUCGCAGACGCUGCCAUAUUUGCAGUGAUGUCUCGAGUUAAUAAGGUGAUCAUCGGGACGCAGACAGUUCUGGCCAACGGGGGUCUGAGGGCCGUCAACGGGACGCACACCCUGGCCCUCGCCGCCAAGCACCACUCCACACCGCUGAUUGUUUGUGCUCCCAUGUUCAAGCUCUCGCCUCAAUUCCCGAAUGAAGAAGAUACCUUCCAUAAGUUUGUCUCUCCACAUGAAGUGCUUCCUUUCACUGAAGGUGAGAUUCUCUCAAAGGUGAACGUGCACUGUCCGGUCUUUGACUAUGUCCCCCCUGAACUCAUCACACUGUUCAUCUCUAACAUCGGAGGACAUGCACCGUCGUACAUCUACCGUCUGAUGAGCGAACUUUACCACCCAGAAGACCACGAACUUUAACCAUUGUAAUUUAACAAAUAAAUAAAAUAAUGAUUGAUCCAG